AUGCGUGGAUCUCCCCGACAUGGGACAGCUGUGGGAUUUAUAGUGCUGCUGAACGCGCUGCUGCUUGCGACGCAGGCUGCUGAAGGAGUCUUAACGGACCAUCUUCUGGUUCAGUUGCACGAGGACGCAAAGGAUGAGGCGCACCAACUUGCAACACAACAUGGGUUCCAGAGUGCCCGAAAGCUUCCCUUUGGAGAGGGGCUCUUUCACUUCUACCCUCAGGACACUACAAAGAGACGGAGCAAACGCAGCGCCCGUAGCAGACAGCGUCUCCAAAAAGACCGCAGGGUAAAGAAUGUCUUUGAGCAAGAGGGUUUUAGUCGUCAGAAGCGAGGCUACAGAGAUAUCAACGAUAUUGAAGUCAACAUGAGUGACCCUCUAUUCACCAAACAGUGGUAUCUGAUAAACACAGGCCAGGCAGACGGGACCCCUGGGCUGGAUCUUAAUGUGGCUGAAGCUUGGCAACUGGGCUACACAGGCAAAGGAGUUACCAUUGCAAUCAUGGACGAUGGCAUCGACUAUCUGCAUCCAGACCUGGCAUCAAAUUAUAAUGCCGAUGCCAGCUAUGACUUCAGCAGCAAUGACCCGUUCCCAUUUCCACGCUACACAGACGACUGGUUCAACAGUCACGGCACUCGAUGUGCUGGAGAGGUGUCUGCGGCAGCCAACAACAACAUCUGCGGUGUGGGAGUCGCCUACAACUCCAAGGUGGCAGGUAUAAGGAUGCUGGACCAGCCCUUUAUGACUGACAUCAUUGAGGCAUCAUCCAUCAGCCACAUGCCCCAGGUUAUUGACAUCUACAGCGCCAGCUGGGGACCAACUGAUGACGGAAAGACGGUGGAUGGACCACGUGAGCUCACACUGCAGGCUAUGGCUGACGGUGUCAACAAGGGGCGCGGAGGAAAAGGCAGCAUCUACGUGUGGGCAUCAGGAGAUGGUGGUAGCUAUGACGACUGCAACUGCGACGGUUAUGCCUCGAGCAUGUGGACAAUCUCCAUCAACUCAGCCAUCAAUGAUGGACGCACCGCCCUGUACGAUGAGAGCUGCUCUUCCACCCUGGCAUCCACGUUCAGCAAUGGACGCAAGAGGAACCCAGAGGCUGGCGUUGCCACGACAGACCUGUAUGGGAACUGCACGCUGCGUCACUCCGGAACAUCAGCAGCAGCUCCAGAGGCAGCUGGUGUCUUUGCUCUGGCGAUUGAGGCAAACCCUAACCUGACAUGGAGAGACAUGCAGCACCUGUCAGUCUUGACCUCCAAGAGGAACCAGCUCCAUGAUGAGGUCCACCAGUGGAGAAGGAAUGGCGUGGGUCUCGAGUUCAACCACCUAUUUGGUUACGGUGUUCUGGAUGCUGGGGGAAUGGUGAAAAUGGCCAAGGAAUGGAAAACUGUGCCUGAGCGUUUUCACUGUGUAGCUGGAUCCAUUCAGGAGGCCCAUAAAAUCCAGUCUGGCAACAAACUGGUGCUGGCCAUCACCGCUGACGCCUGUCAGGGGAAGGACAACUUUGUCCGCUACCUGGAGCAUGUUCAGGCGGUGGUCACUGUCAAUGCCAGCCGCCGCGGCGACCUCAACAUCAACAUGACCUCGCCCAUGGGCACAAAGUCAAUCCUGCUGAGCAGAAGGCCCCGUGAUGAUGACUCCAAGGUGGGCUUUGACAAAUGGCCCUUCAUGACCACCCACACCUGGGGCGAGGACCCCCGCGGGACCUGGGUCCUAGAGGUUGGCUUUCAGGGAGAGGAGCCACAGCGUGGAGCCCUGAAGGAGUGGACCCUCAUGCUGCAUGGAACACAAAGUGCCCCUUAUAUAGACCAGAUAGUACGUGAUUAUCAGUCCAAACUUGCUAUGUCCAAAAAGGAGGAGCUGGAGGAGGAGCUCGAUGAGGCUGUAGAGAGAAGUCUGAAGAGUUUGCUGAGUAAAAACCACUAAAUUCCCAUCUGCAUGUUGCCAAAUCUUUCACUUUCUCUUAUCUUUCUCCCUCUCUGCAAUCCCGCUCUAUCCUUCUCUAAAUCUGCUCAGUUCUUCUCACUCUCUUGUCAUCUUCCCUUCUGUCUACCUCUCUUCCCCUCUUCACUCUGCUUUUUGUUAUUAAGUGUUUCAAUUAGCACCCAACCUUAAAUGAAUGUUUCUUGUAAUCCAAUCAUGAUAAAAAAACAGUGUAAACAUUAUUAAUAUGUUCGACAUAGAGAAAGCAAACUAUAUGACUUUUUACACUCUACAGAAUUGUACAUAAAUCAAAUAGAAUCCACUCUUUCAUGCUCUUGCUUUAACUGGCCUGCUCCUCUCUUCUGCCAACUGUUGUACAGUUUGUGACUGUAAAUGAUUUUCUGUGUCAUUCUACUUAAAGUUUAAUAUCUUGCAAACAGUGACACUUCUUUCUGUUCAUAUUUUUAUGUGACAUGCACUGUUUAUAUAAACAAGGAAAGAAAUGUGUGAUUCAUUUUGCAGCCUGUGGUCCUCAGUUCCUAUUUCAUAAUCUUUGACGUAUGCUAUAAUAAAUCUAUUCAGCUGUUUAUUAAA